ACUGCCCACAGUCUGAUGCUAUCCACUGUUGUCCACUGUUCUAAGAUUGUAAAUAAACUCUCUGCACAAUCUGCAGCCCAGAUUCAAAACCCUUAGCCCAGAAGUAGCCAGACCUUUCUGGCUUCUUUCAGCCAGAGGUGUUUGCUCUUGACCUUUUCUCUCGCCACACCCUGAGGCCCUUGGGAGGAGCUGAGAUCUGCACUGCAGUGCCAGGAUGCUGACUCUGUUGGUGCUGGCUGCUGCUGCCUUCCUGGGCCCCGUCACAUCCUUCUUGCUCAACUACUGGGUGCACAGGAUGGAAACUUCUCUCCCUUCUCUGGAAGACAGUGCGUGGCUUGGCUUCACGGAGUUGUGGCUGGAGACUGAAGCAGCCCCUUUCUCAGGCUUUCUGUCACCAGUCUGUCUGUGUUAGGGGAGAGGGGAGUCCGCUGUGUCCUGAAGGCCCAGAGAUGGAAGGACAAGUGGUAGGCCGGGUGUUCAGGCUCUUCCGACGUCGAGCAGGACCGCCCCAGGACAAUUCGGGGGAAGCUUUAAAGGAACCAGAAAGGGCCCAGGAGCACUCUUUGCCCAACUUUGCUGGGGGGCAGCACUUCUUUGAAUACCUUCUUGUGGUUUCUCUCAAAAAAAAGCGUUCACAGGAUGAUUACGAGCCUAUAAUCACCUAUCAAUUUCCCAAGCGGGAGAACCUGCUUCGGGGUCAACAGGAGGAGGAGGAGCGGCUACUCAAAGCUAUCCCCUUGUUCUGCUUCCCAGAUGGGAAUGAGUGGGCAUCACUCACCGAGUAUCCCAGGGAGACCUUCUCCUUCGUUCUGACCAAUGUGGAUGGGAGCAGAAAGAUUGGAUACUGCAGGCGCCUUUUGCCUGCCGGCCCUGGCCCUCGCCUUCCCAAAGUGUACUGCAUCAUCAGCUGCAUCGGCUGCUUCGGCUUGUUCUCCAAGAUCCUGGAUGAAGUGGAGAAGAGACAUCAGAUCUCCAUGGCUGUCAUCUACCCGUUCAUGCAGGGCCUCCGAGAGGCAGCCUUCCCUGCUCCUGGGAAGACUGUCACUCUCAAGAGCUUCAUCCCCGACUCAGGCACUGAGUUCAUUUCACUGACACGGCCCCUGGACUCCCACCUAGAACAUGUGGAUUUUAGUUCUCUAUUGCACUGUCUCAGUUUUGAACAGAUACUUCAGAUCUUUGCCUCUGCUGUGCUGGAGAGAAAAAUCAUCUUCCUGGCGGAAGGUCUCAGCACCCUGUCUCAGUGCAUCCAUGCUGCUGCUGCGCUGCUCUACCCCUUCAGCUGGGCGCACACCUACAUCCCUGUUGUCCCUGAGAGCCUUCUGGCCACCGUCUGCUGCCCCACCCCCUUCAUGGUUGGAGUACAAAUGCGCUUCCAGCAGGAGGUCAUGGACAGCCCUAUGGAAGAGGUCCUGCUGGUCAAUCUUUGUGAAGGAACCUUCUUAAUGUCGGUUGGUGAUGAAAAAGACAUCCUGCCACCGAAGCUUCAGGAUGGCAUCUUAGACUCUCUCGGUCAGGGGAUCAAUGAGUUAAAGACUGCAGAACAAAUCAACGAGCACGUUUCAGGCCCUUUUGUACAGUUCUUUGUCAAGACUGUGGGUCAUUAUGCUUCCUAUAUCAAGCGGGAGGCAAAUGGGCAAGGCCACUUCCAAGAACGAUCCUUCUGUAAGGCUCUGACCUCCAAGACCAACCGCCGAUUUGUGAAGAAGUUUGUGAAGACACAGCUCUUCUCACUUUUCAUCCAGGAAGCUGAGAAAAGCAAGAAUCCUCCUGCAGGCUAUUUCCAACAGAAAAUACUUGAAUAUGAGGAACAGAAGAAACAGAAGAAGCCAAGGGAAAAAACUGUGAAAUAAGAGCUGUGGUGAAUAAGAAUGACUACAGCCACACACCAUUUCUGGACUUCAGCCCCUGCCAGUGUGGCAGGAUCAGCAAAGCUAUCAGCCCCCCAAAUCCAUAACCUCACUCUGAGUCUUGGUAUCCAGGUAUUGCUUCAAAUUGGUGUCUGACAUUUGGAUCCCUGGUAUCGAUUUCUCAGGACUUUGGAGGGCUCUGACACCAUGCUCACAGAACUGGGCUCAGAGCUGCAUUUUUUUGCAGAGGUGACACAGGUAGGAAACAGUAGUACAUGUGUUGUAGACACUUGAUUAGAAGCUGCUGCAACUGCCCUCUCCCAUCAUUACAACAUCUUCAACAGAGAACACACUUUGUGUUCGAAAGGCUCAGCCUCUCCACAUAAGAAGUCUGUGGACGUGUAAGGAUGAGAGUAAAGAGGAAAAUCUUAUUUUUA